ACUACCACACUAUACAACUUCCAACUUCGUAAAAUUCUCUGUUUUUUAUUUUUCUUUUUUUUUUUUUUUUUUGGUUCCCUCAAAGUUCACAUAAACGCUGAAAACAAUUCUACUUCUUAGUGGGUUUUGUUCUUUUUGUGUGUUCUUCGGAUUGAUGAAGGGGCUGUUGAGGUCAUUCACUAGGCUCGGAGGUGUCAGGGGAUAUGAUGGGACGAGAACCAAAGAGCUUAAGAUUGCCGGAAUUAAGCAUGCUAUUGCUGUUGCUUCUGCUAAAGGUGGUGUCGGCAAAACCACCACCGCUGUUAAUUUGGCUGCUGCACUUGCUAGCAAGUGCCGACUGAAGGUUGGCUUGCUUGAUGCUGAUGUAUAUGGGCCAAAUGUUCCUAUCAUGAUGAAGCUUGAUAGAAAGCCAGAAGUGACUGGAGAUAAGAAAAUGGUUCCAAUUGAGAGCUACGGAGUCAAGUGUAUGUCGAUAGGACUUCUAGUGGAUAAGGAUGCACCACUUGUCUGGAGAGGUCCUAUGGUGUCGAGUGCACUUGAGAAAAUGACAAGGGGAGUUGAGUGGGGAACUCUUGAUAUUCUUGUUGUGGAUAUGCCCCCCGGCACUGGUGAUACUCAGAUAACUGUUUCACAGAGGCUGCAAUUAUCAGGUGCAGUGAUUGUUUCAACGCCUCAAGAUGUUGCUUUAAUGGAUGCUCGUAGAGGAAUUAAUAUGUUCUCUAAAGUUGAAGUUCCUAUAUUGGGAGUAAUAGAGAACAUGAGCUGGUUCAAGUGUCCACAUUGUGGUGAGCCUGCAUUCAUUUUUGGGAAAGAAGGAACCCGUAAAACAGCUGAUGAGAUGAAUUUAGAGUUUCUUGGUGAGAUACCAAUAGAGCCAGCAAUUAGAGAAGGUAGCGAUGAAGGUGUUCCUAUAGUAAUAUCAACACCUGAUUCUGUAGUCUCUAAAGCGUACAUUGAUGUGGCACAAAAAGUUGUCAAAAAGCUUGAGGAACUGUCUAAAGAAGAGCAAACUGGACCAGAAAUUCAUCUGUAAUUAUGUGCGGUUUACUUCUGAGAUUGAACAAUGAAGAGCAGACCACCCUUAUCACUUCUUAAUCUUUUUUGAUGGAAUGAGGCACCCUUUUUGUUAGACGCUAGUGUUUCAUCAUGCUUUUGUAAUUUCUCAUGACGUUUUUAGCGUUUGAUGGAAUGAAGCACCCCUUUUGUUGGA